CAUGCGUGACUCCUGGAGUGCGCAGCGCAGCGAUCAGUGCUGUGUCCCUGAUGAUCAGUGUAGCCCCAGCAGUGCCACCUGUCAGUGUCCAUCAGUGCCAGCUAUGAGUGCCACAUAUCAGUGCCUACCAGUGCACAUUAAUGCCACAUAUCAGUGCCCAUCUGAGCUGCCUUUCAGUGUUACCCAUCGGUGCCAGUCAGUGCCACCUAUCAAUGCCAAUCAGUGCCACCUAUCAGUGCUGCCAAUCAGUGCCUAUCAGUGCCAGUCAGUGCCGCCUAUCAGUGCGCAUCAGUGCCGCCUAUCAGUGCCCGUCAGUGCCGCCUAUCAGUGCCACCUACCAGUGCCAGUCAGUGCCGCCUAUCAGUGCCAUAUUGUCACGUACCUG